CUGCGUCAUUCUGACCAUCUACUGACAGUUUUUAUCAACCAAGCCAAGUAAUUUCACAACAGUGUGAUUCACCAUGCUACUGGUGUAUUUCUAAAAGACACCAGUAGAGGGAGCUACUGUCCUGCUGCUUUACGCCAUCUUUACUUCCGUCAACACACAUGGCGGUUUAAUUUUAGACGGCAACGCCAACUGUACAGGAUAAAUUAAGGACAUAACAUGACAACCAUGUUAUUCCGAUUCGGUGUCAUUCUUACUCCGGACUCGCCGAAUGUUGACUUGUUUAUUUUGGGUUCCCGUGAGGAAAUGGGCCAAUGGGACCCGGGAAAAGCGGUCCGGAUGAGAGCGAGUCGCAGCUCUGUUUCUACCCGGGAGCCGUGCCUCUGGAUCGGGGACGUGCUGCUGCGUGAACCCUAUAGAGACACGCUGUGGUUCAAGUUCAUCAAAAGGACAGAAGGAGCGUAUAUUUGGGAAGGUAACGGGCCCCACCAUGACAGAACGUGCUGUUACGAUGAGCAGAACGUAGUGGAUGGCGUGUACUGCCACCCCAUCGACCACUGGAUCGAGGAGGAGGGCCGCACAGACGAGAUGAAACACACCACCAACUUUUACCUGAGCGUGGCUGGUCAGAAUGCCAUGCAUUUCUCCAGGGUGCUGCCGCGGCUUUGGUUGGGCAGCUGUCCUCGGCUGGCGGAACAUGUGACGAUCAAGAUGAAGCACGACCUCGGCAUCACGGCGGUGAUGAACUUCCAGACAGAGGGGGACGUGAUGAACAACUCUCACGGCUGCAGGCGAAACCUUGGGGACGCCAUGACGGCCGACACCAUGAUGCAUUUGUACAACGACUGCGGCCUUGUGUACGUGUGGAUGCCCACGCCCGACAUGAGCACUGAGGGCCGCGUCCAGAUGCUUCCCCAGGCUGUCUUUCUACUUCACGGCCUCCUAGAGAACGGCCACACCGUCUACGUCCACUGUAAUGCCGGAGUGGGUCGGUCCACGGCUGCCGUAUGCGGCCUGCUCAUGUACGUGCUGGGCUGGAGCCUAAGGAAGGUGCAGUACAUGCUUGCAGCCAGGAGGCCCGUUGUGUACAUUGACGAGGAAGCUUUAGUGAGAGCCCAGGCGGACUUUAGACGCAAGUUUGGACUGCUGAGAUCAUCCAUCUCUUAUACAGAGACAUGAGGGUGGGAAUGCUGAGAAUUGUGACUUUGAACGCCUCACUGGAUACUACAAUCUAUCUGUGGGGCUUUUGAGCUGUGUCUUAUCCCCGAAUUUCCAGAAAGUGGCACGCUGCCGUGCGUGCUACACCCAAUUAAGUUAACUUUUUUAGAGAUAUAACAUGCUCGGAGUUAGAAAUUCACUGUCGGAACUUUUGAAUUGGCAUUUUGGGAAACCUCUGGGAGAUUUGUGGCCCAGAUGGCUAACUGAGCUAUCAUUUCAUUGUCCUGUUUCCUUUAAAAGCUACCCUACGAUCAGAAUGCACUUUUGGACAAGACUCAUAUUGAGUCUGUGAUGUAGGAGUUUUGUGUGUUUUCACAUAACUCUUUCAUGUGUGCAUGUAGAAGUCUUACAAUGGUAGAAGGGAUGGGUGAGUCGAGGAUGUGGGAUAAGUAUAUGUGCUGGUAAUUGAGGAAAACUGAAUUGGUGACACAACCAACAACCAAUCUUUGAAAUUUUUGCAUAUGAAAUCUUUAAGGGAAAAAUACACUCGAUGUGGAUGGCGAUGUGGUUAACGCGGUGGCCUCACAGCUGGGAGACCUGAGUUCAAUUUCACCCUCGGCCAUCUCUGUUCUCCCUGUGCAGGUACUCUGGUUUCCUCCCACAUUCCAAAAACAUGCUAGGUUAAUUGGCGACUCCAAAUUGUCCAUAGGUAUGAAUGUGAGUGUGAAUGGUUGUUUGUCUAUAUGUGCCCUGUGAUUGGCUGGCGACCAGUCCAGGGUGUACCCCGCCUCUCGCCCGAAGACAGGGAUAGGCUCCAGCAACCCUUGUGAGGAUAAGUGGUAGAAAAUGAAUAUGUGAAUGAAUGAAUGUGUAUAUACGUAUGUAUAUGAAUAUGUGUCUCAGCUGAAAAGAAACAGAAAAAUUGGAUAUACUGGAUUUUUAUAACGUCAAAAAGAGAGGAAAUAUUUCAAUAACUAGUUUAAAAAUCUCACAAUUCAAAUAAUAUAAAUAAAUAAUACAUAACAUUAAAUAAAUAAUAUAAAUAAAACAAUCGCCUGUACCAAUUCCUAUUUAGUCUAGCAUAAUUUCAGCAAUUCAGCCAGCGAUGGACUGGUUAUAUUGACAGUUAUGGUACAGAAUAGAUUACAAAGAAAUCUAGAACAUAAGGAAUUACCUGACCUGUUUAAAGACACUAAUAAGUGAUUGAUUUGAGGUACGGAGCCUUCUAAAAGUGGUCAUGCAGUUAUUUAUGGAGAUAUUCAUCAAAAGGAUGAUCAUUGCAGUGCAGUAAGGCAAGGAGUCGGUCUUACAUUCAAAGGAACUGAACACAUAUUCCAAAGAUGUCCUUCCUCUCAGGUUAUGAGUCACUGUGUUUUUUUAAAUUCAGUGAAGGUUCAUGGUAGGUUCAAAGACAAGUUGGGCAUGUGAAACAGAAAGGUAAGAGCAAGUAAAUGCUCAGGUUUGAUGACAGCAUCCUAUUGUUUGUAGUGCAAAUAGUAUCUCACCAAGCUAGUAUUUAUUGUGAUAAUCACACAAUGCACACAUCACACGUCUAGGAAAGACUCAUUAAACAUUUCUCUGACACUGCCGAUAUGAACUUUAGGCUGCCAUUCAUCUUUCAUGCACUUAAGCCUACACUGUGUCUCGGCACACCCAUUCAUCAAUGAGAAGUGGAUUUUUUUUAACUAACGCACUGGCACAAAUGAUUUAUAUUCAUCACAACCACUUGAAGCAGUCCUGCUU